UUUAACGAAAUACUUCUAUACUAUAAUCAAAUAAAUAUUGUAUAAAACCAGAGGAUAUACUAAUUGUAAUCGAUUUGUGGGCAGUAAUUAUUGUUUUAAAACAAAAUGUCUAUUUCAAAUUUUUAUGAAAAUCAAGAAAUUUUCAUUACUGGAGGUUCCGGUUUUGUUGGUAAAGCUCUAAUUGAAAAACUAAUACGGUCUUUUCCGAAAUUUUCAAAAAUGUACGUUUUAAUGCGCAGCAAAAAAGGUAAAUCGGCCGAAGAACGAUUACAAGAGAUUUUAAAUACGUCCGCAUUUGAACGUGCAAGAAAUGAGCAACCGCAAGCAAUUUCGAAUAUAAUACCCAUUGCUGGAGAUUGUCAAGAGUUGGGACUGGGUAUAAGCAGUGAGGAUUUUGAGAAAAUGAAGAAUGUUACUUUGGUCUUUCAUUCAGCGGCCAGCGUUCGUUUCGAUGAUCACUUAAGGUCGGCCAUAUUAUUAAAUACACGUGGCACUCACGAAUUGGUUAAACUUGCUACAAAAUUAAAGCAUUUAAAGGCGUUUGUACAUAUUUCAACAACAUAUUCGAAUCCCGAUAGGCAAAUAGUUGAAGAAAGGAUAUAUCCAGCUUAUGCAGAUUGGCGUACCACAAUCAAGCUGGCCGAGACUUAUGAUGUGGAAACUUUGAAUGUAUUUUUUUCGAAAUACAGUUCGGAACAACCCAAUACGUACACAUUUACAAAAAGUUUAGCCGAACAUAUAAUAAACGAUUAUCGUCAUCAAUUGCCUAUAAUGGUCUUUAGACCAUCUAUAGUUGUUUCAAGUAUUGAAGAACCAAUUCCCGGUUGGGUUGAUAAUUUCAAUGGACCCCUUGGAAUGUUGGUGGCUUGCGGCAUUGGCCUUUUGCGUACAAAUCACGCUGAUCCAGAUAUUGUUACGGAUGUCAUACCAGUUGAUGUCACUGUUAGAAGUCUGCUUAUAUCAGCCUUUAAAUUGGCAACCACCCAAAGAAACCUCAGACCGAUUUCGGACGAAGUGGAAGUUAUUAAUUGUGCAAAUGCUUCCAUCAAUUGUAUAACUCUUGGUGAAAUCAUUAAACUUGGGAAAAUUCAAAUUCGAAAGAAUCCAUUUGAGAAAUGUCUCUGGUUGCCGGAAGGUAGUAUAACAAGAUGUGUAGUAUGGCAUUAUAUACGGUUUUUCACCUUGCAAAUUGGUUUGGCAUUAAUAGUUGAUGUCAUUUUACGUUUGGCCAAUCAAAAGCCAUUCCUGUUAAAAUUACAACGACGUAUUUAUGCAGCAAACAUUGCCCUAUAUGUAUUCAUUACAACUGAAUGGAAAUUCUGUAAUGAAAACUUUAUAAAAUUGGAAAAUCUUAUACCAACUGAAGAUUAUAAAAAACUGGGCUUUAUGUGUUAUUCGAAUAUCAAUCAUGAGGAAUUUGUAUCAUAUGGAAUUAGAGGAGCCAAACAAUUUCUAUUGAAUGAACCAGCAGAGGCCUCAAGUCAAGCAAAAAUGCGUUUGAAAAUAUUUAUAGUUCUCCAUUAUUUAAUACAAUUCAUUGGCGUUUUAUUCAUUGGCAAAUUUUUGAUACGUUAUUUGCAGAGCUUUUUCUAAAAGUCAUUUAAACUUAAAGUAAUACACAAAUUAAAUAAAUAAGUUUUAAUUAAAAUUUAAAA